UUCCAGAGGCCUCGCGUGCGGGAGGCGGGCCGCGACCGCACGCAAGGUCGGGUGAGCGUAGGGGCUGCGGGCACUGCCACGGGUGCCGGUGCUGUCUGCGCUCUCCUGAGCGCGCUCGCUGCGGCCUUUUCUGUUCUCUGCUCUACGCGGCUGCAGCUCCGGCCCUUGAUCUGAGCCACCCCUACCAUGGCUUCUGCUUUGGAAGAGCUGCAGAAAGAUUUGGAAGAGGUAAAGGUGUUGCUGGAAAAGGCCACUAGAAAAAGAGUACGUGAUGCCCUUACAGCUGAAAAAUCCAAGAUUGAGACAGAAAUCAAGAACAAGAUGCAGCAGAAAUCACAGGGGAAAGCAGACCCUCUUGACAACGAAAAGCCAGCGGCUGUAGUUGCUCCCAUGACAAUGGGAUAUACAGUGAAAAUCAGUAAUUAUGGAUGGGAUCAGUCAGAUAAGUUUGUGAAAAUCUACAUUACAUUAACUGGAGUUCAUCAAGUCCCUGCUGAGAAUAUACAGGUGCAUUUCACAGAGAGGUCAUUUGAUCUUCUGGUAAAGAAUCUAAAUGGGAAGAAUUAUUCCAUGAUAGUGAACAACCUCUUGAAACCCAUCUCUGUGGAAGGCAGUUCAAAAAAAGUCAAGACUGAUACAGUUCUUAUCUUGUGUAGAAAGAAAGCUGAAAACAUGCGGUGGGACUAUCUGACUCAGGUUGAAAAAGAAUGCAAAGAGAAAGAAAAGCCUUCUUAUGACACUGAAACAGAUCCUAGUGAGGGACUGAUGAAUGUUCUAAAGAAAAUUUAUGAAGACGGAGAUGAUGAUAUGAAGCGAACCAUUAAUAAAGCCUGGGUAGAAUCAAGAGAGAAGCAAGCCAAAGGAGACACAGAAUUUUGAGACUUUUUCAGGUCCUUUUGGGAACUGUGAUGUGGAAGUACUGAUGUUUUCAAUAAGGGAAUGUUGAUGAGCUGCACAGAUAAAAUUUGACAUAUCUAUUUGCAAAGCCUUCUUCUAAGUAAAGGCAGUGAAUUCUCCAUUUCCUACUGGAGGAUUUAUUUAAAUAAAAUAUGUUUAUUAAACACUUCCUCCAAAGAUGAUUCUGUUAGUACCCUGGUCAUUUUGUUCAAGAAUGGGUCAUACUGCAUUUUCGCUUGGAAUUUUUUAAAAAAAGCCUUGCCCA